AUGGGAGAUCCCAUUGCCAUUGUUGGGCUCAGCGCGAGACUCCCCGGGGACGGUGAUACACCAGAGCGGUUCUACGAGUCGUUACUCGCCGGGAGAUCAGCCCGGACGGAAGUGCCGCGGGAGAGAUACAACGCAGAGGCCUUUUGGCACCCGGAUGCCGAUAGGAGUGGCGCCACACGAGUUCGCCAUGGCCAUUUUCUCAAAGGCAGCAUAUCUGCCUUUGACGCGCCGUUUUUCUCUAUUACACCCACAGAAGCGCGAAGUAUAGAUCCGCAACAACGAGGAAUGUUAGAGAGUGUUUACAAGGCCCUCGAAAAUGCCGGAAUUCCUCUUGAAACCGUUGCCGGAACCCAGACCGGAGUAUACGUCGGCUGCUUCACGGCCGAUUACAACGAUCACAUAGCAAAAGACUUGGAUAUCCCGAAUAAAUACUCAGCCCUGGGCACAGUGGCAAGUAUGCUCAGCAACAGAGUCUCGUGGUUUUUCGACUUCCGGGGCCCGAGUGUAACAGUAGACACGGCUUGCUCGAGUAGUCUGGUGGCUGUGCACGAAGCAUGCAUGAGUCUCAAGCUUCGUGAAGUGAACAUGGCCGUCGUGGGCGGGUGCAACCUUAUCCUGACUCCCGAGAUGACACUCAAGCUAGACGCGGCGGGUGUUUUGGGUCCGGACGGCAAGUCAUACAGCUUUGACCACCGGGCCAACGGCUACUCCCGCGGCGAAGGGUUCGGGGCCCUGGUCUUAAAGCGGGUAUCAGACGCCAUUCGAGACGGGGACGUCAUCCGCGCCGUCAUCCGGAACUCUUCCACGAACCAGGACGGCCGAUCCCCCGGCAUCACGCAGCCGACGAAAGCAGGCCAGGUCGCGCUCAUCAGACACGUCUAUGACCGAGCGAACCUGGACCCCUCGCUCACACGCUUCGCCGAGGCCCACGGCACGGGCACCCCCGUGGGCGACCCCAUCGAGGCGAGCGCCCUCGCCGAGAUCUUUGCGCCACAUCGGUCUGCCGACGAGCCGUUGUACGUGGGCGCGCUCAAGAGUAACGUCGGACACCUCGAGGGCGCCGCGGGCGUGGCGGCCGUGAUCAAGGGUGUUUUGACGCUGGAGAGCGGCGUCAUCCCGGGGAACAUCUGGUUCGAGAAGCGCAAUCCCAAGAUCCAAGACUCGUGGAACCUCAGGUUUCCCACCAAGCCGACGGCGUGGCCGCAGCGUGGCCUGCGCCGCAUGUCCGUAAACUCGUUUGGCGUUGGUGGUAGCAACGCCCACGUGGUAAUGGACGAUGCGCUCCAUUUCCUAAAGAGCCUACGCCUAGUCGGUAACCACCGCACGGAGACGAUCCCCAAGAUCCCCAGACAACUAGACGCGCCGUCCGUCAGCGGGACGCACCGCGUCAAUGGAUUUCACCGCCCUUCGGAUAGUGGGAUCCAUCUAGACGACUUUGAAAAUGAAGACGCCCCACGUCUCUUCGUCCUGUCGGCAAACGACCAGGAUGCCGUUUCUCGGUUAAGAGACGCGUACAGGGACUAUCUUGCAACAAAAGCAGCCCAGAUCGUCGGGGAAUCCGCCCAGCUACGGUUUUUGAGGGACCUGAGUUACACACUGGCCUGCAGGCGGACCCGUCACUCCUGGAGGACGUUUAGCAUCGCCAGCUCGCCGGUCCAGUUGCACAAGUCCCUCGAGGGAACCACGACAACUUCCAUACGAGCAAAGACCAACCCGCGUCUGGCCUUUGUCUUCACGGGCCAGGGAGCGCAAUGGGCGACGAUGGGCGUGGACUUGCUGGCAUACCGGGCCUUUCAAGAGAGUCUCUUGGCGGCUGAUCGGUAUCUCAACGAUCUCGGCUGCAGUUGGUCGCUGACGUUUGAACUAUCAAAGUCAAAGAUGUCCUCUCGUAUCAAUGACCCCGAGUUCUGCCAACCAAUGUGCACGGCUUUGCAGGUUGCCAUGAUCGAUCUGCUCUCGACUUGGGACGUCUACCCGCAUGCGAUCACGGGACACUCGUCCGGAGAAGUGGCCGCAGCCUACGCUGCUGGCGCCAUCUCACGACAAGCGGCCUGGAAAAUCGCCUACUACCGCGGAAAGCUGAGCGCCAAGCUUGCACGCUCCGUAUCUCGACCGAGUACAGGCAUGGCCGCCGUCGGCCUGGACAAGGCGGCCACACAGGAUGCCAUAGAUCGGGUGAACCAGCAGCUGGGCGGCGACGGAACCCUCGAGAUCGCUUGCAUGAACAGCGCGGACAGCCACACCGUCAGCGGCGACGCGGAAAAGAUUGACGCGCUGGUCCAGUUGCUCAGUGGCGAAAAAGUGUUUGCGAGGAAGCUCAACGUCGAGAUCGCCUAUCACUCGCAGUACAUGAAGGCCAUGGCCGAUGAAUACCUUUUGGCGAUGGGAGAGCUGCAGCAGGGUACUCUGAGGAGCCCUGUAAAGCCCCGGUUCUACUCUUCAACGAUGGGAGUUGCGAUACUGCCCUCACAACUUCGACGGCCAGAGUAUUGGGUCAAGAACUUGGUGUCGCCUGUCCGGUUUACUGAGUCGGUCACGGAAAUGCUAAAGGGCUCCGACACACCGAAGGUGAACGGAUAUAUUAAUGGGAAUGUCAACGGCCUCAUCAACGGAGACGCCAUUGAACAUGUGAACGGAGUUGUCAGCGGACUCUCUGAUGAGGAACUCCCGUUCGAACCCAUUACUGAUUUCUUAGAAAUCGGCCCUCACAGCGCGCUCAAGGGCCCGCUCAUGAGCACAGUCAAGCAAGUCCGUGGCAGCUCAAAGAUCGACUACCACUCCCUCCUCAUGCGACAGAAGCCCGGUGUCGAAACCGCCCUUGCAUCUGUCGGAACCCUCUUCUGCCACGGCUACAACGUCAACCUGGCGCAAGUGAACGACGCAGACGAGCCUCAUGGGCCCAGGCCACUUAUGCUCACCAACCUGCCCUCCUAUCCCUUUGAUCACUCGAAAGAGUACUGGGUACAGAGCACGCUGAGCGACGACUUCCGCAAGAGACCGGUAGGCCGGCACGAGCUGCUAGGAGCGCCCAUGCCAGGCUUCAACGGGAAUAAUGCGGUGUGGCGCAACUACAUUCGACUCUCGGAGAACCCCUGGAUCGAGGAUCACAAGGUCGUUGGGGACAUCUUGUACCCUGCGGCGGGUAUGCUCGUUAUGGCCAUCGAGGCGAGUCGACAGAUUGCCGACAAGAGCAAGGUCUUGAAGGGGUUCAGGCUGAGGGACGUGUCGUUCAAGCUGGCCCUGCGAGUCCCUGAUGAUGUAGUUGGUGUCGAAUCGCAAUUUUACCUCCGUCGGCACCGGGAGAACAGCUUUUCGACCGCUUCGACGUGGCAAGAGUUUCAGCUCUGGACCCUGCAAGAUGGCGCGUGGAGGGAGCACUGCCACGGCUUUGUGCAGACGGAGUACGAAUCAGAAGAUCAAAACACCCUGCGGAGUUCUGAAGACGAUAGUCAGUCUGGUGGUAACGGCUGUGCGACGGAAGUAUCUGUCGACGAGUUGUAUCGGAACUUCGCAGACUCGGGACUGAACUUUGGCCCGACGUUCCAGACUCUGGGCAACGUGCGUCUCGGAAAAGACUUGGACAUGGUGGCGACGAUUCGCUCUCCAUUGGAAAGAAUCAUGAAGUUGAUGCCGCACCAGUACGUCCAGCCGCACUUGGUUCACCCGGCUACCCUCGAUGGUCUCGUUCAUGCCAACCUGGCGGCCCUAGCCUCGAGCUCCAAGUACGCCAGAGCGACCAGGGUGCCGACAUACUUGGCUGAUGGCUGGAUCUCGGCGCGUCCGGGCCUGUCUCACGACUCUUACCGUGUGACGGCGAAGUCUCAAAUCAAAGGACGUAGCGAGGUGGUGUCAGAUGUGAGGGCGACACACCCCGAGCAAGGCCAGGAGAUGGUUCAAAUGUCGGGCAUCGUCUUCAAGACUAUCUCGGGUGACUCGUCGAAAGAGAAGUCGGACGCACCAACGCACCCGGCCUUCAACGUGUCCUGGAAACCAGAUCCGGGUUUCCUGACGAAGCAGCAGGCAUCACAACUUUUCCAGCUGCCGCUCACAAAGGAGGAUGACCCUUCCACCUGGAUGCUGAGCUGCGAAGCGCUGUGCCUAGCUUACAUACGUCGUUGCACAGAAUCUCUCUCCCAAGACACUGUUGGAAAAAUGAAAUGGUACCACCAGCGAUAUGUCAAGUGGUUCCAACACGUUGCCCGCCAGCAUGCGGACGAGCCUUCCAGCGAAAGUAUCGAGGAGCUUGAGUCCAAGGUCCUGGCAAGCAAUGCGUCGGAAGGAAAGCUGAUCAUCGCCGUCGGCCAGGCACUCUCAGACAUCCUCACUGGACAACGCGACCCGCUGGAUGUGAUCUUCAAAGACAAGCUCGCGGAGGACGUGUACAGCAAUGGUCUGGGCUCCAAGAGAUGCUACACUCAGCUCUGCAGCUACCUGGACAUCAUGGCGCACAAGAAUCCCAACAUGGAGAUCCUCGAGAUCGGCGCCGGUACGGGCGGCGCCACGCGCCCGGCCAUGGCGACGUUGACGCAGGAGAAUGGUCGUCGGUACAAGCACUACGACUUCACCGACAUCUCACCCUCGUUCUUUGAGCAGGCCAAAGAGAACUUCAAGGAAGAAGCCGGGCGGAUGGGUUUCCGGGUGCUCAAUGUCGAAAAUGACCCUUUGAGCCAGGGAUUCGAGGCUGGCAAGUACGAUCUCAUCGUCGCGGCGAACGUCUUGCACGCCACUACGAAAAUUGACGAUACACUCGUGAAUGCUAGAAAGUUGCUCAAGCCUGGUGGUAAGCUUCUUCUCUUUGAAAUAACAAACGUCGAGAUACUGCUUGGCAGCUUCUGUUUCGGCACGCUGCAUGGGUGGUGGUUGUCGGAGGAUAAGGACCGUAUCUGGGGUCCAUUGAUGUCUCCGAACUCGUGGGAUACUCAUCUGCGGGCCUCGGGCUUCAGCGGGCUCGAUGCUGUCUUUGAUGAUUUUGCAGCAUCGCCGCAUCAGAUGAGUUCGAUCCUUGUGUCGAGCAACCCUGCGUCGGAGGCGGCAGCUUGCUUGUCUUCCUCGCACUACAUCCUGACGAGCGAAACACCCGCUCAGGUCGAGCUGGCUACAAGAAUCUCGCAAGUCAGCCAAAGGAACCAUUACGACACCACCACUCUUACGGCCUUGGCUGACAAGGAACUGACGGAUGCAACCUGCGUGGUUCUCUCCGAGCUGGAUCACCCUGCUUUGAAGGACAUGACUGAGGAUACCUUCAACGGCUUCAAGCGGGUACUCACCAGAAGCAAGAACAUUCUGUGGGUGACCCGAGGCGGUACCUCUACCGCGCCCGACCCGGAGUCCGAGCUGGUGACCGGUCUGGCAAGAGUGGUUCGUUCGGAGAGACCAGACGUCAACUUCCUCACUCUUUCGUUUGAAAAAGACGCCCCCGAGGAGGUCAUUGCCGAAAGGUGCGCCCAGGUUCUCGAUGCAGCGCAGCACAGCAUCGAUAACUCGUUCAGGGUGGUCAAUAACGUGGUCUAUGUGUCUCGACUUGUUCAGGCAGAGUACAUGACCGAUCAUAUUCAACACCAGACUGGCGUCAUGAGCAUCACGCAUAAGCCUUUGAGAGACGAGGCCUCUCGCCCGCUGUGCCUUAAGGUCGGAGAUAUUGGUCAGCUCGACUCGCUUCGGUUCGAGGAAGAUGCCCUGCUUGAGACAACCUUGGGAGACCACGAUGUCGAGUUCAAGACCAUGGCGUGUGGACUCAGCACCGGUGACGUAGCUUCUGUCCUCGGCAAGGCGGAAGAGUCACCGCUGGGUCUGGAGGCUUCUGGCGUGGUCACAAAGACCGGUCCGGCCUCCCGGUUCCAGGUCGGAGAUCGAGUCUUUGGACUGGCGGUCUCGGGCACCAUUAAGACUCAUGUUCGAUCCACGGACGGCUUGCUCGCCAAGUUGCCAGAUGGGGUAUCUUGGGCUGAUGGCGCAGUCCUGCCCGUCGAUUACACAACGGCCUACGCUGUUCUCUGCGAAUUCGGCUCGCUUCGCAAGGGUGACGCUGUCCUGCUACACGACGGGUGUUCUAGCAUUGGAAAAGCAUUCGUUCAACUUGCUCAGCUGCAAGGGGCUGAAGUCUACGUGACCGUGAAGAACCAGACGGAACAAGACACCCUCGUUAACGAAUAUCGUGUCCCCGGAGACCACGUCUUUGGCAGUCGAGACUUGUCAAUGAGAACGGUCCAGCAGAAGCUGAUCAAGGGCCGCGGCAUCAAUGUCCUCGUCACUGCGGCAGACGACGAAGUCACCGAUGGCGUCGUGGACUGCGUCGCACCCUUCGGGCGCAUCGUCAAUAUCGGCUCAGGCGCCGGCAUCUCAAGUACACGUGUUCCAAGAGGUCGCAAUAUCCGUCUAGAAUCCUUCGAUCUCGCAUCUUGUCUCGCGUUUGAUUCCGCCCGCACCGAGACCAUGUUCCAGCACAUGGUCGACAUCAUCUUCGCAAACUGGAAGAGCAUCAACCGGCCUUCGCCGACCGCGCUUUACAGCUUCUCGCAGAUCGGAGACUCGUUCCGCCGAGUGCAGUCUGAAGAUUAUGACGCCGCCAAGAUCAUACUCGAACCUCGCGACGAAGACAUCAUACCGGUUGUGCCGAGCCGGAAGCUCGCCAGCAGCUUCGAUCCCGAGGCGUCUUACGUAAUUGCUGGUGGUCUCGGCGGUCUCGGACGGUCCGUCGCGCGAUGGAUGGCUUCUCGCGGAGCCAAGAACCUUAUUCUUCUUUCGAGACGCGGCGCCGUCGAGAAGGCUGCGGUCGACCUGGUCGCCGAGCUCGAGUCUGUGUGCGACAAUGUGGUCACUCCGGCCUGCGACGUGACGGAUGCUAGUGCUCUGGAAAGUGUCAUGGCCCAGCUUGCUACGACUCUGCCUCCUACCAAAGGAUGCAUCCAAGGUUCCAUGGUUCUUCAGGAUAACCUUGUUGAGAAUAUGUCCCUCGAUAACUGGAAGGCCGCGGUGCAGCCCAAGGUAUACGCAUCACAGAACCUAUACAACGCCCUCGGCGACAAGACGGACUUCUUCGUCUUUCUCUCGUCGACCGUGGGAGUGACGGGAAGCCCCGAGCAGGCCAACUACGCCGCAGGUGGAACUUUCCAAGAUGCCUUUGCGCACCAUCUCGUCUCCAAGGGGGUCAACGCCGUCUCGAUCGACCUUCCCAUCGUUCGCGGCGUGGGCUACGUAGCAGAGAAGCCAGAACUCUGGGACUAUCUCACCUCCGCCGGAUGGACUCACAUCACCGAGGACGAGCUCUACGCCGUGCUGGAUUAUCACUGCCGCCCGGCCAGCGCUGGUCCAUCUCAGGCAGCGGUGAGGGCACAGGUCAUCCCCCGCCUCUGGCUACCCCAGGAGACCGCCGCCGAGGGAUACCAGACGCAGACGUGGGGAGAGGACCCUCUCUUUAGCCACCUGCGGCAGACGGAGACAAACGACACGGACAAGGGGGAUGACGCGAAUAAGACUGUCAAUCACAAGGCGCACCUGCAGGGCGCAACUUCGUUGAAGGAAGCCGAGGAGAUCGUGCUGGACGCCUUGCUUCUUAAGAUUGCGCGGAUGCUGAGCAUCGACGCGUUGAACCUCGAGACGUCCAAGCCGCUUCACGCGUACGGCAUCGAUUCCCUGACGGCCGUCGAGCUCCGAUCAUGGCUGAUGAAGGAGCUCGGUGCCGAGGUUUCCGUGUUUGACAUUACGAAUAACUCAAGCAUUGCCCAGUUGGCGGUGCUUGCUACGAAAAAGAGCAGUCUGAGGCAGCAAUUUCCCGAUAACUAA